AUGGAAGCUAGAGUAAUUUCUUGCACUACUUUUGGAGACGACAAGGUCGUCAAGAUUGCAGUUCUGAAUCAUCAAGCAGUUGCCAAAUAUGAAACGGGAGAAAACGAAACGACCGUUGUUGUUUCCGAUGAUACUUGCUCGGAGAAAGAUGUCAAAGAGAUUAAGAAGUGUUGUGAGAAGCUCGGUUAUGUUUACGAAGGCAAACUCAACGAAGAAUACACUCAAACCAACACUGGACCCGGUUUGGUCUAA